AUGUUCAUUCCUUCGUCGCCGCCGGUCCUCCCGGAUGAGGUGUUCAACGAGCCGCCAAGCUCGCCGCCGCUGCCGCCGGCCGCCUUUCCAUCUCGCAAGCGCCAUGCACGGUGGGACUACGAAGAUAGCAGCAUGUCCAGUGAUCCCAUCUUCAGUGAGGACGCAUCCGAAGAAUCAGAAGUCACAGGGAUCAAGCGCAAGCGGUUCGUGCGCGGUCCUUGGUACCAGCAUGCUCAAUCUCCGGCCGUGUCGCGUGUGCGAGGAGAGACACGCAAGCCCGACAGCGGUGUCUGGCUAGGUUCCGACAGUUCCACCAGUUCCACCGACAGCAUCGGCAACCGUCGCAUGCAGAGCCUGACCUUUAAUGAGUACAUGCACAAGGGCGCCCCUCUCACUCAGCGCCAGACCCCCACCAAGCACCAAACCCCCACCAAGCCGAAAGACUCGAUCCAGGAACACGCCGCCAGUAUCGUUUUCAGUUGCGUCGACAAUUGCAGAGAUUCGAUCGACCUCUCGUGA